UGUUAGAGAAAGAUAGAAAUCAAUGACGUGAGAGUGAGAGCGCAAGAAAUCAGGUUGUGUUUGGGAUGGUGACAUAAACUCUGAAAGAAAUGUUUACGUUUUCUAGAAAUUACGUUUGUGCAAAAAUUCACUACAGUAAAAAUGAAGUUUUAUAACAACUGAAGUCAAUAAGUAAUUUUUCCGAUGAUGCCAUCUCUCAGAAAAAGGGUUGCGGGGUUUAUACGUCAACUGUCCGUCAAUAACCAAGCAGAAAAUGUGAUUGUGGAAAAAGACGAAUCGUCUAGUUCCUCAUCGGGUUGCUUUAUCCAGAGGUAUCUUAGUGGCCGCGACGUGCGGCAGAACGAGCCAGUCAUCCUGCACUCGCGCAGCCCCCAGGAGCUGCCGCGCAAGGCGCUGGGCUCGCUGGCGCCCGACGCGCAGGCGGUGUGGGCCGCGGUGACGGGCCCCGACGGGGGGCUGACCACCGUGAACCGCAGGCAGCGGCACCUGUCCACCAGCGACCCCGACGUGGACUACAUCGACAUCCUGGAGCAGCAGGGCGACCAGGCCAGGGACACAGUGUCGUCGAGCGACUGCGUCUUCAGCCGCGGCUACGACCGCUGGUUCACCAUCCGGCCCCCCUCCCGCCCGAUAGACAACUCCGUGAUGCACAUCCGUGCGGCGGGCUCCGUGUUCAGCGUGGGCAAGCGCUCGGUGCACACCAGCGUGACGGACCUGCGGGCGGGCGGCGGGGGGAAGGCCAGGAACGCGAGCCUCGACUUCGAGCUGGCGGGGGGCUACGGCGGAGUCCCGGACGAGAACCUGAACCUGGAGUCGUCGAGCGCGAUCGAGGGGGGCGAGGGGGGCGGCCCGAGGAACGACAACCGCGAGUGGCCGCCGCAGACGAAGCACGGCGAGGGCGGGCCGGGACUGGGCACGGCGGACGUGCUGAUGUUGGACCCGCCGGCGGGCGCCGUGGAGCUGAACGGCAACAAGGGCGACCUGCCGGAGCUGGUCGCGGGGGAAGAGGAGGAGUGCGUCGACGACGAAGGCAUAGACAUGGACCUGGUGAUCCCGCCCCCGGCCGAGUACGCCUCCAACUGCUCGUCGUCCGGCGCCAGCCCGGGGUUCACCCCGAUCAGGAAGUCGAAGAGCGCUCCCCCUCCCCUGUCCGCGCAGGAGGCGGGGGUGGGUCUGGGGCACAGGAGGUUGGAUAGUGCGCACUCGGCGGGAGCGGGCCCGCGCGCGGAGGAGAUAGCAGGGGUGUCCAACUGGGGCCGGCCGCACGCGCGGGCCUACGGGGCCGCCACGACCCUCUACGAGCGCAACCCGCUCACCGGCGAGAACGCCGGCGACCCCAUCGCCGACUGCUUCGCGGUGGUGGCGCGGGAGAACUCGGCCGUGCUGGCGCUGGCGGACGGCGUCAACUGGGGGGAGAAGGCGUGCCUGGCCGCGCGGAGCGCCGUCCACGGCUGCGUCGACUACCUCAACAAGGCCCUGUUCGGCACGUCCGGGUCGGGCCCCGUCAUCACCAACACCACGGAGGUGUUCGUGGCGCUGCUGAGGUCCUUCCACGCCGCCCACAACCUCAUCCUGCAGGAGCAGGGCAUGCUGACGACGCUGACGGCCGCGCUGGUGCUGCCGCUCGUGUCCUCGGAGCGCUACGUCGCGUGCGUCUGCAACGUGGGCGACAGCCUGGCCUACGUGUACAGCCCGCGCCACGGCGUGCGCGAGAUCACCAAAGGCUCGCACGACAUCCACUGCAUGAGGGACAUGCGCGACGCGCUGGGCGCGCUGGGCCCCGUGGACGGCCAGAACCCGGAGCUCAACAACCUCACGUGCUCCGUGACGGAGGUGGAGGCGGGCGACAUCGUGUUCCUGACGUCGGACGGCGUCUCCGACAACUUUGACCCCGUCGUCGGCAAGUUCGCGGUGCUGCCCCAGACGGACGGGGACCGCCCCGACCCGGCCAAGCUGGCCGGCGAGCUGGCCAGAGAGCGGGGCAGCAACUUGCGCUCGGGGCCCGACCUGGUCCCCCACUCGCUGCCCACGGUGCAGGCGUACCAGCGCCACGAGCUCUCCCUGCUGCGCAUGGACGACCUCUUGAAGCACGGGGUGUCCGGGGAGGGCCCCCCGUGCCGCGACGCCCGCGCCCUGUGCGAGCUGCUGCUGGACUUCGCGACGCGCCUCACGGCCGCCAAGCGCCACGUCCUGGAGGACCCCGACCUGUACUGCGGGCCGGCGCCGGGACCCGACGGCCGGCCGGCCCAGCUGCCCCGCGCCGAGCAGCGCCUGCGCCGCCGGCGCGCCUGCGAGCGCCUGGCCAUGGUGCCGGGCAAGCUGGACCACGCCUCCGUGGUCGCCUACCAGGUGGGGCGGCACUCCGCGCCCGACCGCGCGCUGCUGGAGACGGUUCUCUAGGCUCCCGACCGAGCGUGGUUGUCCAGUUUCCCAUCUCCAGUGAUUGGUAUAAGACUGUGCAUGUCUGGCAAAUUGUGUUGUUUGAAGACCAACUGACAGAAAUUUCUUAAUAUAUCAUUUGACUUAGGAAAUACUCAGCCAACGAGAAUACCCUCUUUUAUCGCAUAACUGUCGCACUCGCAUAAUCGUCGCACCUAUAUUUUUGGCCGUCAAAAUUCAAUUACGUUUUAAUGGUUGUCCAGUUUUCCAUCUCGAGUAAUUGGUAUAAGACUGUACAUGUUAGGCAAAUUGUGUUGUUCGAAGACCAUUUCAAGGACAGAAAUUUGUUGAUCAUUAAACUUAGGAAAUACUCAGCCAACGAGAAUACCCUCUUUUAUUGCAUAAUCGUCGCACCUAUAUUUUUGGCCGUCAAAAUCGGGAUAAAAAAAACUUCUCGCGUAAACUUCGCAUGAUGUUUUCGGUCCCGCUAUUCGAUGCAGAGCGCUUUGUGUAGGUAUCUUUUCCGUAUAAACCUAUGUAUUUUGAAUUAGAAAUCUAAUAUUUAUUCGGAAAUUACCACUUACUUAUUUGAUUAACGGAAAUACGAAGUUGUCUGACGUGUAAAUGUUCUUUUAAAGACGUUUUUAAAAGUUAUUUUCUUUAUCUGAUCGUCUGCGUCGCCGCGGUGUACUGCUUGUAAACAUGUAGCCAGCGCUAGUUGGCAUCAUUCAUGUUUGGUUAUGUUGCUUCCCGUAUAGAGCACGCGUACGUAGUGGAAUAUCGAUAUCUCGCCGAUUGCAUGCAAUGCGCGCUCUCUGUCGAGUGCCAAAUUAACUACAUUUGAUAGCCCGCAUUCUUUCACGGUAGUUACGCAUUAGUUCACGUCACAGAUUCAAGUCGCUUGCGUUCGUGUCACAGAUUUUGUUUUUCUAUUUAAAGUUGAAGAAAGGUUUUUGUUUAAGGAAUUAUUAAUAUAAAUUGUUUGGCGUGCUCUUGUAUAAUCCAACUUUUUUUUAAAAAAAACGUACUUUUCAUGAACGGGUUUUGUUUUUAUGAAUAACUUUACCUAAAAAAAAUUUUUAUUUCCGCAUAAUCGUAGCAUCCCUACUUUUCAAACUUGAUUUUACAAUAAAAUGUGUGACGAUUAUGGGAGAAGUCACGGUAUAUGUAUUUCAAUAUUUGAUCAGCCACAUUUUAUUACCAAGUAUUUUUCUUAACAAUACACUCAGGAUGCUUAAACCAGUCAACAGCCACGACUGCAAAGAUCAAGUAAAACAUGGUUGGCAGUAGGCUUUUGAACAGGAUAGCACUGCAAGGAAUAUUUCUUGCCAGAUCACUAGGUUUGCGAGAAGCAGUGAAUACCGUAUUCACCCGCAGAAGGGUCACCUCUGCGUACUGGUCGCACUUGUAAUUUUGGGCAAACAAUCUUAACGUUUUCACUAUAAGGUUCACCCUCGAAUAUGAGUAGCAUCAUAAGUCUUUAUGGCCUGUGUCUCAGCUUAUUGCUGCAUAAGCAACACUGGUCUUUCAUCUUUCCCCUCGUCAUUAUUUAUGGCCCGUCCUCCCACCUCCAUAUGUUUCCCUUCCCAUUUUUUUUUUUUUUACCCAUCCCGUUCUCCAAGAGAGAAAACACAGCAUGCUAUUUCCUUGUCCAUUUUUUUUUGCCAGUUCCUUAAAUAAAAACACGCAAACCCUUUACAGCAGUUUUUUCCAUGAAUGAAACAAUGUUUGUACACAGCUGCGUUACAAAAACCUGUCAUGAUUAACAUGAUGGUUGUGUACAUGCCAGUUAAUGGACAUUCACGAGGGGAGAGGAAGUGUGAACCAUAAACACUGCUGCAUGGCCCUGCAAACUAUUGUUGGUUUAUUAUAUUUCCCCUCUCGCCGAGCGCCAGUACGGCGGCAGACAGCCACAUCACUUGCCGGUGGCAGCCAGAUAGCAGCUCUUUCAGGUGGUAGACGUAGCUUAACGGCGAAUUUCAUGAUGUUUUACACUCACUGCUGAGCUAUUGUAAUUAAACAAUUCAUACUUACUCCUAACGUAUUUAUUAAAAACAAACACAGGCUAGCACAUAGUCAACCACGACAUGCUAUGCUAAUUUUUUUUCACCCAAAAUGAAAUAAACUCAUUUUAUGGGUGGGGUAUGUUAUUAAACAAAAAAAAUCUGCAUAAAAUGUGCGACCCACAUGAGGGUAAAUACGGUAUGAGAACGUUGCUGCAGACAUAAUUUAGUAUUGCUUCAGAAUAAAUAUUAAGGUUGGCCAGGAGUGGUUUUAACAUUUUCAAAAGGCAGGCUAAAUUUAAUUUCUUUUAACAUUGUUGUCUGGGAAUUGUGAUGUAAUGGCAUAUAUCUGUUGAAUGUGUCCUGGAAAACUGUGUACACUGCUUCCAGUGGCAUAGUAAGAGAGUGCUUGCCAGCCGACUGGGAACUUGUAGAGUUACUUUUUUCGGUUUGGUUUUUAUUAUAUUGUUGGUAUGUUAAAUUAUAAAAAAAAAUCUGUUUUUGUGUUCACAUGUUAAUGAUUUUGUUACUAUUAUGUUGAAAAUAGGUUUUAUAUUAAGGGUAGACAAACCAAAAGGAAAUUAGGUAGAAUAAAAGCACUUUCCAACAUUAAAAGUCACCUUAAAGAUUUAAAUUAAGGUGGCAGGUGUUAGGAAGCGUUCUGUUUCACAGCACGGACGAACGCUUGUGGAAGAGCUCAGGUUGAACCCAACUCUCUUAUAUAUUUUGGAAGCAGUAAGUGUUUGUGGCCAUUAAUGGGGUUCUUGAUGUAUCUUAGCUGUUAACAUGUAAUGUUGCACCAUGUUCGCUGCCAGCAGUUCAUGUUGCUUACAGUAGACGCGUUAUAAAAAGUCUGCAGCCAUUUGCAGGUCUGUUUCCGUGGUUGCCCUUGAUAACAUGUCCCCCUCGUCCACGUUCGGUAUCUUCAGUCAUGCGUGUCAGGAAUGAGAACAUGUGCUGCGUUAGUGUUGGGUCGCUUCCGAAUUAUGCUGAUUUAUGAUUGGAGUUCAGUUUCUCAGGUUUUUAGAAUUAGCUCUUUGAUUUAGAUUCUGAUUCCUUGCUUUUUGAAAGCAAGAAACAUUUGGAUGUACCAUAGUUACCAGCAUACAAGACAAGUUUAGCUUUAUAGUAAAGAAAAUUUGAGAAGUGAAUUAACCCUCUGAUGUAAAACUACCAUUUUGUCCAAGAAGGGAAUUAGCACAACCUUGUUUAUCCAUGUAAAUUCUUAAAAUAUUUUUAUGAUAUGGAGAUUAGAGUUGAAGUUGAAAAACAAAUAAGGCAGCAAGCUACCCUUCUUUACAGUUUCUUUUAUAAAAACUAGCAUUCACGUUACAGACAGCGGGAGCUGGCGUGACGUAAAAUGCCGUGCUUUCAAGUGCGGCUCUCAGAGCACCAACAAUGGCUGUAGUUUUGUCACGGAAUGUAGCAUUUGAAAGCUGACAAUAAUGUUGUUUACACAGUUACAUCUUAAAAACCUGUCGUCAUAGAGACAUGUAGAUUGUGUACAGUGUCAGUUCACCGUAAUUUACAAAGGUGAGGUAGGGAGAACCAGUCAGUACACUGCUACAUGGCCACACACACACACUCACAGAAUGCACAUACACAAACUGGCUGGUUUAUUUUUAGAUUUUCCUCCCUUCCAGCCGAAUGCUAGUCCCGACAAGUCACGUUACUUGCCGGUGCCGGCUGGGCAGACAGUCGCAAUGGCGCUAUUCCAUAGUGAUUUUCUUGCACUGCUGAGAUAUUUCAAAUAAGCAAUUUUUAGUUACUCGUGACGUUCAUGGUGUUACGAACGCAGACGGGACCGUGACGUGUGCCAUGUUCGGAGCUGGCUGGCGGCCCCACACGGCCACUGACGUCACGCGCCGUCCACUGAAGUAAGGCAUGUCACACGUGUCUGGCCGGAUUACAAGGGUCCUUGCUGACGUAGUGAGCGACGGAGACAGCUCCGGUUACCGGCCUGGAUAGCCGGGAGAGGUUGGAUGGGCCUCCACCGGACUGCGGGUUCGCUGGGUGGUUUGAGGAGUCCCAGUGUGAGGCGGGAGAUCGGGGCAGGCGCCAGAAGUGAUGACAACUCCGGAGGGCUAAGGGAGCAUCCAACUUUCUGGUCAGCCGAGUGGGGUAGGGGGCCGAUGGUGGUACACAUGCUGGGAUGGGUUCCUCAGCCCCUGUGUAUAGCCAACACUCUAUCGCCCUUCCUGAUUGCGUAUGCGGCGUGAUCCGCAUCCAAGCCCAUGGGGGCCCCGGGGCGGUAGGGCCUUUCGGCUAAGAGCGCUGGGUUGACAAAGAAAAGGGGGGGAAACCCCCUGAUGAUAUAUAUAUAUAACCCCCUCCACCCCUUCCACUCCCCUUGCACCAUCCUGCCUCAGGCCAUUGUCAAUGACCCUUUUAGCAACCUGGGAAUUCAUUACAUAAUUUAAAUAAACGAAAGCAAACUUACAUUAAAUUUGUUUCUUCUAUGCAUUUGAAAAUACAAUAGUCCUGCAAUAAAUUUUAUGGCGUGUGCUGCCAUUGCGAAAGACAGAAUUUUAAGUAGUCUUAAAAAGAAAAAAACUACCUAAUCUUAUUAUCUUGUAUGCAUUGGGAUUUUAUUUGUUACGUACAUUUACUUGAUCAUGGAAGCAUGCCGGAACUGUGAUAUGAUCAAAUAUCAAGAGCAAGUAGGUAUUGCAAGCCAAGCUGCGGUGACGUGGUUUUUCCAGAAAUUAUACUUAUGUAUAACGUUAUUCUGUUGGACACAUCCUUGCCUGGAAGUUAAGGAGGAGGAAACUCUAACUUGACUUGAUGCUGUAAGAAAUUAUUUUACAUGCUACUAAUAAUGUUUAGCUAGGUUUCCUUAUUAUGAACGGAUAAAUUAAUUUAUGUUUUAUAACUUUUGGGUUCAGUAUCUUUUGUUCCAUUGGUAUUGAAUGUUUGUGGAAUUAAUCGGUUUAGGAUUUGGUUGCGACCCUACACUACAUGCAAGGUGAAUGUGUACAUUUGUUUUGUAUCAAAUGAUAGUUUCACAUUUGGAAAUAAAUAUGUGAUGUACAGUCUUGCAUUUGUGAAUUGUCAAUUUUAUAGGUGUUUUAGUGUAAGUAAGUUUUUCACUGUGAUGAUAAGAAAAUAUGAAAUAAUUUUCCAGUUAGUAUUUUUAAUGCAGCAUUUAACUAGUUUGUUAGUAAAUAACACUUGACAGGCUGUUGUGGGUAUUGUUCUGUAUUUACAGUUGUGAUUUGUGAUCGUAAGUGAAUAUUUUAUUACAUUCCACACUUUCAUGAUAAAAUUAGUUUUAGCUUUUCAGUGAGCCAGUCUUUUUUUAAGUGAUGUUCUGUUCUUCCGUCAUUUCUUUCGACAGUAUUACGAUUUGAUGAUUUCUGAUCUCUUAUUACUUUUUUUUAAUGUAAACAUAACAUGAAAAUUUAAAUGGUAAUUAUGAUAUGAUUAUGUAUCUAUUUAAGGAAUGCAUACUUGAAUAGGAAUGCAGCAGUGAUAAAUGUGAAAAACUUAGUUUAAUCAUUAAACAUGGUUGAAGAUAAUUCAUUAUGCCAUACAUUGUGAAUUUUUUUUGUGUUAGUUAUGCUGUUGACGUGUCUGCGAUGCGCAUGGCUUUGUCAUGACUAGGGACAAGAUUAUAUGGUGAAUUACAAUAAAACCGAGUUAACACUGCAAAGCAUGGCAAUACGUACACCAUAUAACACUGAAAUUCAAGUUACCUAAUACACCACAACGCACCGAAAUGCAAUUAAAAUUAUGAAACAAAUCAGCACUUUCAAUCAAAACUUAACUCUAAUGACAAAUGCGUAAUCUUUUAAGUAUUGAAUUCAAUGAAACUAAUUUAUUUAGCAUGAAUUUUGUACAACAUUUUAUGUAAUAAAAAUUGGAAAAAGUUUAUUUCUUUUUAAUCUUCGAACUGUUAUUAGUUACUCGUUUUUUACAUUACGACAUAGUACAUUGCUUAUACACAAAAUUACUUAACAAAUUAAAUUUAUUUGUUCCAAAUAGUUUAGACAUGCUUGGAACAAAUCAUUAUAUUGUAAAAGUGCAUCAUGUAUGUGUCCAAAUUAAUUUUUUUUUUUUUCGAGAAAAUUAGUUUUAUGGAACAUUUAAGUACAUAUCAUAUUUUUUAAUAAACAGAUGUCAUAAAAAAAAUCUCUAACACUGAAAUCUCUUUUUUAAUAUUAAAAAUGAAACCACAUAAUCUUGUCUUUAGUAGUGACGUAAAAGAUAGUCAUGUAUGACUUGCGUGAGGUGAAUAUUUUUUCCACUGUGCUGGCGUUGGCAGAUACUAAUGACAAGGUGCCUGGACUAAAGCUGUUCCAGUACUGGUUACAAUCUGUCUCUCCACCUCUUCCCCUCAGCCAGUUAUGUUGCUUUGCAGGACUUUAUCACUAGUGAAGUCACAGAGUAUCAGAUAAAACCAAUUGAGUGCUUAGAAACUUUUUGUGGAAUUGCUUAUUGCUUUUAUAAAUGGAUGACAUGCUAUAGUAAUUUUAAAAAAUUUACAUAUAUGGAGAUAAGUUAACUAUAGUAACUUUAUUUUAAAUGUAAAAGAAAAUUACAUAAUGGGUAUGUCAAUUUCAAAGUAACAUUGCUGAAUAACUUAUCAAUUGCCUAGUAACAUUGGAUCCAAGAAAUUACAUAUACUGAUUAUUGAACAGCAAGUAAAAUUAUGAUAAACUGAAUAAAAAUAUAUGUAUAUUUUUUGUUGUAAAAUCAAAGCAUUUAAAAUGAAACUUUUCAUAAUUAAUGUUUCAAGGAAUGAUUUUUUUUCGUUUCAUGAUUUGUAUGGAAUGAAAUCUCAAAAUUGUAUUAUAUUUUACUUUUUUACAUUGUACCCUAAUGUCUAGAUUAUUAGAUGAUGGUGAGGCUAUCUGCCUAUAUGAGUGAAAGCUCGAUUGAGUUGGUACAUGUGCUGUCGGUUACACACUGUAGUCACCCGUGUACCAUGCUCACCCGUUUUCUUAAGUGUGUUGUUCCCACUUUAAGUCUGUGAUUGGUCGGCCCAUGUGGGAAACUUGUAAAUGGUGUGUGUGGUACGGCCAACAGCUCAGCAGCCAAUCAGGUUGGCCAAGAAGCCAUGUGCUUUAGUUUUCAGCUGUACACGUAGUUUCUUCCGUGCACUAAGUAAUUCAGGUUUUUCUGUUACGCGACUGUAGUCCUCCAGUUUGUUACGUAGAUGAAUACGUUUUCUAGUCUUCCGUGCUGGGUAAACCUACCUGGCUUUUAAAUGUAAUGUAACCCUAUUUUAUUAUUGGUAAAAAAAAACCAGUGUACAUAAUUGGUACUCUUAAUUUUUUCAGCCAGUGACAUUAACACUUGAUGUAGAUAUAGUUUGAAGGAAAUUCAGAUUAGAAUGAUUUUGUUAAUUGAAUGCCACUAUAUGUUCAUAUUCCAAUAGACUGAUAAAGGAGGAAUAAGGUAAAUAAUUAGCUAACUUUGACGGUAAGUGUUUAUAUGUAUAUUGGAACAGCUCUAGUAAGGGUAUUAGCGGUUUUUACUUGAUUUAAGUUCCUGAUUCAGGCAGCUUCAAAACAUAAUUUUGACUUGUUUCAAUUACACAUUAAACUAAUGGAAUAGUUGGCACUAUAGUGGUGAUUGAUGGUUCAUUGUUGUAUAUUAGGUAGUUGAGUCUUGACACGUUUUUCACAUUCAUUCUUUCUCAUUUCAGCUGCAGUGUCAAUAAUAUACCUAUUUAUAAUGUGGUGCCUGUGUAAAGUAUUUUUUUCCCCCACCCAUUUUCGGUUUUCUUAUCGAGUAUUCUAUUUUUGUAGUAAGAUGUCUACAGUAGACUGUGUAAGCAUUAAUCAAGAGCCUUUUCUUUGUAUUUGUACUAUUUGCAAAUUUUGGUGUACAAUUGCGGUAAUGCAAAAUAUCUGAAAUUGAAAAUUCCGCAUCGCUCUCUUUGGGUACGUUCAAACCUAAAUGUUUUGCACUCUGAUAGUUAGCACUUCUUUCAGCAGAUAAUGCCAGAAUGCCAACAGCUAAAGUUAACAGAGUAAAUUUUUUUGAUUCAGGCAUUUCUAGCUAUGUAAUAAAAAAAAAACCACUGCAGAACAUGUUAUGUGCAUUCAUAAUUACUGAAAAUGGUUAGUAGUGUUGGAUAAAACAGUGAUGUGAUAAUCUGAUUGGUUUCUGGAUUCCAAAGUCAUCAUGCCUUGGCCAUCUGCCAACUUCUCUUCAAUACUUUGUGUCAAGUGAUAGUACUAUUAGUACAUUUCUUCAUGGAUAAAUUAUUUGCUUCUUUCACAGAGACUAAGCUCUUGGUAGAUAGUUUACAAGCGAGCUUCAUCAUUUCUGCAUGUAAACUGAAAUGGCUUUUAUUGUAAUUUCUAUUUUUCCAAGCAUCAGCUUGCCGGUAACAUUUUGUAAUAAAACAAACAAUGCAAGUAGAAAUAUUUUACAAGUGUGUGUGUGUGUGUGUGUGUGUGUGUGUGUGUGUGUGUGUGUGUGUGUGUGUGUGUGUGUGUGUGUGUGUGUGUGUGUGUGUGUGU